AUAAAGAUGAUGAGCCGGUGGUCUCUCAUGUUGAUACACCAGCUGCUCUGAGGAACAACUUCCUCACUUAUUAUUUUGUGUAAAUUAUCGCCUAAGGAUGCAACCCACACCAGUUGACUAACACCUAGGUACCUACUUGCUUGCUAGGCAGACAGGACAACAGGUGUAAAGAAACAUGCCCAGUGUUUCUGCCCUUGCUGGAGAUCGAACCACAGACAGUGUGUGUGAAGCAAGAGCUUUGCCUACAAGGCAAUGGGACCCCCUUCCCUAGGGGGACCUUCUCUAGGUGCAACUCACAACAGUGAAAUAUCUCCCAGGCUCAAGUGUUUAUGAGAACAAACGUAGAUAGCGAUACUGACCAAGGUGGCUCCAACGAGGGUGUAAAAGCCAUGGACACAACACAAUGGGUAGAAGAAACUGGCAAGAUGCACAUACACCGUGCAGACAUGAACAAGCUGAUUAUGAACUACCUCGUCAUGGAAGGAUUCAAGGAGGCUGCUGAAAAAUUUUCAGUUGAGGCCAACAUAAAGGUACCAAUGGAUCUAGAUCAGUUGGAUGAUCGGAUUCGCAUUAGAUCUGCCAUACAAACUGGCCACUUCCAAGAUGCUAUGAGAAUGGUGACAGCACUUCAUCCAGAGAUCCUUGAUGAUAAUUCUCAGCUUUAUUUCCACCUCCAGCAACAAGUAUUAAUUGAACUGAUCCGGGAGGGUCGUGUUGAGGAGGCUGUUGUAUAUGCUCAGGAUCAUCUGGCAGAGAGGGGCCAGCGAGACCCGUCAAUCCUGAAUGAAUUAGAACGCACUUUAGCACUCUUAGCUUUCGAUCAACCAGACACCUCUCCUUUUGGUGAUCUAUUACACCCUUCUCACAGACAAAAGGUUGCAAGUGAAUUAAAUGCUGCCAUACUCCGGGCGCAGAACCAGGAAGAGACGACUCCGCUCUUGGCCGAGUUAUUGAAGCUGCUGCUGUGGGCCCAGGAUGAGCUCAAUAAGAAGAAGGUCCAAUACCCAGUCAUGACAGAUCUUAUUAAAGGACAGAUCGAGGAACCAAAGUGAACAUAUUGUUCUUCCUCUUAUGUGUAAGUCUCUUAAAUUUAUUAAUAGACAAAAUUAUUUCAAUUAGACAUGUUUACCAUUGAUGAAUAAACCUGUUGUAAGUUUGAGAAUCUUGUGAUAACAUUCUCAAGGUUUAAAUGGAAGUAUGACUUCUGUUGUUUGUCUUUUGCUAAAUACUUGAAUGUGUAUGCAGGUUUUGUAUGUGUUCUGGCAUUAAUAUUUCCAACAUAAUUUUAUGAUGCAAAAAGUUGUCAUCACCGAUGAGUUUUGACUAUCAAUUCAGCACGAAAUAUUAUUUUGAUAUGUUGUGGCCAUAUUAGUCUUUGCACCUUCAUUAAUUGGUUGGAUUAGUUUGAAGCAACAAUAUAUUUGUACUUUGUGUCAGUUCGAUAUUUUGACAUUUUCAUAAUCAUUUGGCUAAAUUUAAUUAAUUCAGUCAAUUUUAUUAUGUGACUGUAAUAUAUAUUUUGAAUAGGUGUGCAGAUUUUUUUUUAAGGAGAAAUAAAAUGAGAUAGUGAAAA